ACACGCUGUCGUUUGAGUCACGCUGUCGUUUGAGUCACUUUGUUGAUAAAUGACCACACACAUGCACUCACUAUAGUGUCUCUCUGUCUGCCUGUCUGUCCAGAAGGUAUACCUGCCGUACGCAGACGUACGUCUGGCAUGUCUGUCUACACUAUGUAGGUGGGGUGGGUGGCUACAGCUUGCGUCCCCACGCCACGGGACACCCCCACCAGCCCAGCCAGCCCCAGGCAUGACAUACGUACGUACAUCAAAUCACGCCUCCUGUUCCUGUUCGGCCUUGCCAUUGGUGGCCUCCUGCUCAGACCGACCCUUCUUCUUGGCCUUCUUCGGAUUAGCUGACGUCUGACACACACAAGUAGAUUAGAUAGAGAGGACCCGCCCGUGAGCUGUGCAUGGUGGGUGAUUCGUUGACGCAAUGGGUGCGUGGGUGCGUACAGCAAGGAUCUUCUUGAGGUCCUCAUCCUGCACUGUGAACUCCGACUGGAUCUGAGAAUCCUGGCCGAGCGCCAGACCUGCAAAACAUACAUGCGCACAGGCCCGCAAAGGUCGGUCGAGACCAUGAACUGCAUGUGCUGGCCUGCCUCGACACACCCAGCCACUGACCAGUAAUCUUCUUGGUUCCGCCUGGCAGGAGCAGCAGAGUGAAUUUAAACUGGGCAACGUACUCACCCUGAUCAAUGAAUGAUAGACAGAGAGACAGACAAAUGGCAUACGGCUGGCUGCAGGUAGGUGUGCGUGCUGCGAUAGCUCUCUCAUAUUGGUUUACUCACGGACCUGUUUCUCGCAGAGGACGGGGUAUGGAUGGAGCAGCUCGUGGCGCAUGCACUCCGACACGCCCACACGCAUCGCCUGAACGAAUGACCCACACACACAGACACAGAUAGCACCCAGGAGUGGACAUAUGCUCCGUGUGCAGUGUGGGCAAUUUACUCGCUCAUCCUCGACAGAUCGGAUGUUGAACGGCAGCGUCGGAAACCCUGCAGACCGACCGACCCACACAACAAACAAGGCAAACCCACAGAUGCUGCAGUGGGGCAUCUGCUCGCUCGUCUUUGGCGAGUCUUACUUCUGUUGACCUGCAAGUACAACACAAAAACACACGUGUUGUUUGUGCGACGUGUAGAGAACAGCGUCAAUCAUCUAUCUCUUUCACCUCUGCCAGGAAUGACCGCGCGAGCUGUGUCUUGAGGCCGUAGUUGGUCUCCACUGCCCUCUUAUAGAUGGUCGUCUUGUGCUCCGACUACACGCACAGCUCCGCGUCCAACACAAAAUGAUGCAUUUGCGCGUGUGUGUGUGUGGAGGUUGGUUGCUUGCUUACUUCCUUUGGUUUGCCCUCGCCGGUGGACAUGACGAUGUCGAUGCCGUACACUUCAUUCAUGCCAAACUCGAACUCAUCGACCUGUGUGCACACAUUCAGGGGCAGACAGACAUGCAGCCGCCCCACGCAUCGCAUGAAUCUGUCAAGAGAGGCGACUGACUUUUGUGGCUGUCUGGCAGAAGCUGACCUUUUCCUCGGGGAGUUCCUUUGCGAUGAUGACCUGGUUGCCGUCAAUCACGUGGCGCUUCAUCUGAUGCGAUAGGUUCCCUGCCACACAAACCAAUCACAUGAAGCCACACAGGCGACUCCCUCCCUGCCCCUCUCUCGCUGCUCGCUGCCUGCCUGCCUGCCUCCUGCGUGAGAGUGUGUGUGUCCCAAGGUACAUACACACAUACAAACCUUGCAUGGGAGAGCACUGGAACUCGCUGGCGGCCUUGUUGAUGACGGCGGUGACGUCGGUGUUCUUGUUGCCCACCUUGACCUUCCGCAGCGCCGCCUCGGCCGCCGUCCAGGCAGCCCGCAGCACAUCGGCCUUCCUGCCCGUCACGGCAGACCCCUCCCCAUUCGACUCGUCGCCCUCUGCAGGGCCGACCACCACUGUGUGGGCAGCCACACAGAUGUAGCCGUCGAUGUGACCCCCCAUGUCACUGCACGACGACACACACACAUGCAAACAGAGAAGAAGAGGACCAAAUGAGAUGGUUGCCUAAGUGGCUUUCCAGCAAGGGUACGUAUGCAGGAUGCGUACACUUUGGCGAGGUCUCCCUUCUGCAGUGUGUACGAGUCGCCCGGGAGUGGCGAAAAGUGUCCGGACACCUCGUUGACAGAGAUGCAGGUCGGGAAGGCCAGACCCUUCUCAACCUAACACACAAAGCGGCAACACAUGCGACGGGCCGGUUGAAUCGCAAGUCAUCGCAGACAGUGGAUCAGAGUGUGUGACCUUCUUCUUGCCGCCCUUCUUGGCAUUGUAGAGCCCCGCCGUCUUGUCCUCUAUGAAGGAGUCUCCCAACCGACAUAGCUCGAGCACAUCCGCACCCUCCACACACUUGGACACCACGCUCUCCAGCGCGGCAUUCACGAUGUCCCCUACCGUCCUGUACUUACUGCACACACCAACAGCACACACAACACACACACACACGCACACACGACGUAGAUCUGCCGUGAUGCACGUGCCAAUCUGGCCUGCCAUUUGUCCCAUCCCCUCCCGUGCAGUUGUGCCUUGCUUGUGGUGCACUUGACUUGACUCACGUGGUGACAUCAGGGUUGGCUAGCGAUGUGUCCUCAGGCGCCUCAUCAGCAGGGGUCGCAUCCUCAGCAUGAUCCAUUGUUAUCGCGGAACGCUUGCGGCGGCCGACACAGCAGGGAUUUCUGAACACCUCAAGAAAGAUGCGGAAAGGGGACUUAAUCAAUG